CAUGGCACCACUUGUAAUUCAAUAUAAAGAUUCAAACAUAGUUUAGUCAGAACACCUAGAAAUUUACAGCAAUUACCAAAGAUUCAAACAUAGUAUAGCCAUGGCAGCAGCUCCACAACUAUCAUCUUCACAAAAUGAUCAAUCCGAAUCCGAAAGCAACGUCGAGACCUUCGAUGAAUUGAUUCAAACGCUUCCCAAGGAAAAAGGCUGGUGGACUGAUCUUCACAUGUACAAAGGCUUCUGGCUAAUAUCAUAUGCUGACAUUAAAUCUCUCAUGUUCAUCAAACAACAUUUCAAGUCUCAGCCUGAAGAUAUCAUAUUAGCAAGCUAUAUGAAAUGUGGUACUACCUGGCUUAAAUCUUUACUUUUUGCUACUAUAAACCGAGACCGUUUUGAUUUUUCUACACACCCUUUGCUCACCUCAAACCCUCACCAACUUUUUGUAAUCUUGGAUGUAAUCUUAAAACAAGACGUCGAUUUACCCUAUACUAUUGAUCUCGAAGCUAUGCCCUCGCCACGCCUUUUCGCUACGCACAUGGCAUAUAGUCUGCUGCCGAACUCUAUAACUAGUUCGGGGACGAAAUUUGUUUACAUAUGCCGCGACCCGAAAGAUGUUUUAGUUUCGAAAUGGCACUUUGCUCAAAAGAUAAGGCCUAAAGAGAUGCCACCUCUUUCAUUUGAAGAAGCAUUCGAGAUGUUCUGUAACGGAGUUUCGCAUUACGGGCCAUUUUGGGAGCAGGUGUUAAGUUAUUGGAAAGCUAGCUUGGAAGCACCUGAGAAGAUAUUGUUCUUGAAAUAUGAAGACCUAAAAAGAGAGCCUGUGCCUCAAGUUAAGAAAUUGGCCGAGUUUUUGGGGAAACCCUUCUCGGUGGAAGAGGAGAGUGCUGUGGAGGAAAUUGUGAAGCUGUGUAGUUUGAAGAAUAUGAAAAAUUUGGAGGUGAACAUAAGUGAAAGGUUCAAUUCGAGGGUUAAAUAUUCUGAUUUUUUUAGGAAAGGUGAAGUUGGAGAUUGGCGAAAUCAUCUGACACUGGAAAUGGCUGAGAAACUUGAUCGUAUUACGAACGAGAAGCUACGUGGUUCGGGAUUAACCUUUGCUCAUGCAUCUUAAUUAUUAUGUUAAGAACUGAGAAUUUUAUUGCUUUUGAUGCUCCAUUAUUGUUUCGUUUAGUUCUAAGAAACAAAAAGAUUUCAUUCAGUGAAAUGUUCAAUUUAGCAGUUUAAGUUUUCCAAUCUUGUUAAUUAAUUUUAAGUUGCUAUCUGUAUCAAAUUUUAAGAGUUGUCUAGCACAUGAUUGUGUUAUAAAAUUGUCAUGUUCUUAAAUGAGAGGUCGUCAAUUUGUAUGUGCUUUGAUAUUAAUUUAUCUGAUAUUUUUUUU